UCUGCUGUCAGUGGUAUAAAACACUUCCACGUUGUUGCAUUUCAGAGAAACUUCGAGACUCUAGAAUGAUUUUCUUUGUGAUUCUUGUGUUGCUGUCCUGCACUGAGGCUGAAGGGCUCCAACAUGUGUUUCUCCUCCAUGGAAAGGACUUACACCUGGAUAUAAAGAAAUCUGUUGUACUAGACAAAAAAACUGAUUUGUUCUGGAAAUUUAAUGAAACUAACAAUGUAGCUAAAUAUGGUUUUAAUAAUGAUCCAAUAGUGUAUGACAAAUAUGCAGGAAGGGCUGAGCUCUUUGGACAAAAUUACUCUUUGGUAUUAAAGAAUGUGCAACACAGUGACAGUGGAGAUUAUACUGCAGUCUUGUCUGGGGGACAAGACUACAUGGUAGCUGAAUACAAGGUCAUAAUCCAAGAUCCAGUGUCUCCAGUUAACCUGACAGUGGACUCUGUGUCUGGCAGUUCAGACUCCUGUAACCUCAUUGUGACCUGCAGCACAGUGGAUUCUCAAAUCAGCAGCAUUUUCACAUGUGAUGCCCAAAACUGCUCUCUGGUAGAAAAAGGAAGCUUUAAAGCCAAAACCUAUUCUUCCAAUCUCGUUGUCUAUUUGCAGCAAAGCUUCAUCAUCUGUAAUCACAGCAACCAAGUGAGCGUGGAACAGACUAAGAAGGACAUUAAACUUUAUUGCAAGGAAAAACCAGGUAUCUCCAUCUGUGUGGUGAAGACAGUCGUGUUCUCUGUUGGUCUGAUCAUCAUGGUGAUUGCUGUCAUCAGUGUCCACAUUAUGGAGAAGAUUAAGAAGCGAAAAUAGAGAAGAGGCUUUCCACUUACGCAUAUAACUUAUACGGUUUUAGAAAAUGUUGAAGUUAUAGAUACCAGUGGUCGAUAACUACACAGGUUAACACAUUUUGGGCGUUUCCAAACGUUAAAAAUUCUGAAAUACCACACAGGGAAUCUGUAUCAUUUUGUAAAUAAAAUGCUUGUUGCUUAUGUUAAUAAUAUCACAGAAGGUUUCAUCUUGAAAACAAAACUUUUGGGGGUCUGACCCCUGAACUGAGGAAAUUGUCAAAUUAGUCGAUGUAGGCUAAAAAUUUGCAUUUUACUUCAAUAACUUCUUCUGCUUCUUAAUGUAUCACAAGGGUAAAUAAAUAGUUUUAAUGCUUUGCCUGUAACACUCACUAUUCUCACCAUGGUUUGGGCAGCCAAAAGUUGUCAACAACACCACUUUGGGAAUGUCACCCAAGGAAAUGAGUAAAAGCUUCAGUAAGGCGCAUUAAGAUGAGGUGAGAGACAUGAGUCCUCCCCUUCAAAAGUUUUAGCCUAUUUUUAGGGAAAAAAAAAUUUUUUUUAAACUCUACACAUCCAACCACAAAGGGAAGUGGGGUUCAGGACUGAGGGAACCCAGCACCACACACAGACACACAGAAGACCCAUCAUUGCAUUCAGCUCUCAGCCUGGAUGCAAAGGGAACAAAAUCAGCAGGAUUAUACACAAAAAGGAAGAGAAUACCUUAAACUUUACAUAACAAAUCCUUUAACCAAAGAACAAUCCUUAACAAAAAAGAUACAGUUAAACAAUGCUUAAUCAAAUAAACAUAAUACAAAGUUAACUACUGGUUUACACACACACACAUUAAAAUGUUUAAGGCCCUAAGGAGUCAAACACGGUUGCUGCUCAAGUGGCCGAACGGUGUGCAAAGAAAAGCUGAACGAAACAGAAAAACAACUAAAGCGACCCAAUAUUGUGUCCGUUGGUCUAUGACCAUUUGUGGACAUCUAUACGACGUCCAAACUAGGUCCACAAUUUGAACAUCUAACCAUGACCCAACUUGGACGUCAAUAUGACGUUCAACAUUUGGACUCUCCUCCAUGCCUGCUUCAAUCUCCUCCAUGCCUGCUUCAUGCCCUGGGGGACGGGGCUAUGGGCCUCCACACCCUCUAGCAGACCGUUACAUGGGGAAACCUUUUGUAUACA